AUGCCUCCUCCAUAUUCUGGUGUUGCAUUAUCUGAAAAAAUCAAUGCAUUAAUAACUGAGUGGGGGAUUGUGAAGAAGUUGUUUUCUAUUACUUUGGAUAAUGCUUCUACAAAUACUUCUUUUGUUGAGAUUUUGACGAAUCAAUUGAACUUUAGAGGUCUUCUGUUGAUGAGUGGCAAGUUUUUUCAUGUGCGUUGUUGUGCUCACAUUUUAAACUUGAUAGUCCAAGAUGGACUUAAGGAAAUUGAUUCGUCAGUGAUAAAGAUCCGUGAGUGCAUCAAAUAUAUAAAGGGUUCUGAGGGGAGGAAACAAAAGUUCUAUGAAUGUGUUGCACAAGUAGGGAUAAUGGGUAGUAAGAAAGGAUUGAGACAAGAUGUCCCUACUAGAUGGAACUCAACUUAUACCAUGCUUGAGAGUGCACUUUUCUAUCAUCGUGCUUUUAUUAAUUUAGGAUUGAUUGAUUCCAAUUUUAGUAGUUGUGCUUCUACUCAAGAGUGGAUUAAACUAGAGAAGAUUACCAAGUUUUUGGGGUACUUUUAUGAUGUUACAUGCUUAUUUUCUAGGACAAAGUACCCCACAUCAAAUUUAUUCUUCCCUAAGGUGUUUAUAAUACAACACCAAAUUAAGGCAGCCAUGGAAGAUAAUGAUGGUUUCAUGAACAAGAUGGGAACUAAUAUGAACAUGAAGUUUGAGAAGUAUUGGUCAGAGUACAGUUUAAUUCUUGCAAUUGCAAUUAUUUUCGUUAUAAGUUGCAUUUUGUGGAGUGUGCUUAUACCAAGCUUCAUGGAUUUUGAUAAUAGUUACAAAAAUGGUCCAAGUACAAGUAGGAAAAAUGAGUUGCACAAGUAUUUGGAUGAGGAAAGACUAGAUAGAAAGCAAGACAUACAUGUUCUUUCUUGGUGGCAAAUGGAGCAUUUUCAUUAUCCGAUACUUUCAAAUCUAGCUCGUGAUGUAUUAACAAUUCAUAUUUCUAUGGUUGCAUCAGAAUCCGCUUUUAGUGUUGGUGGUAGAGUACUUGAUCAAUACUGUAGUUCAUUAUUGCCUGAAAUUGUUCAAGCUUUGUUGUGUACUCGAGCUUGGCUUUUUGGCAAGGGAGCUAUGGAGGAAGAGAAUGCUACUGUAGAAAGCCUUACUGAAGAUAUCUUCAAACUUACUUGUCAAGAUACUAGAUCCAGACAAAGCUCCAAUAGUAUUUCUCUUGAAGAUUGA